AUGCGUCUAAUAGGGCCGCAGACGUUUGCAAAGUGCGCCUCCAAGGCCAAGCCCCUCCCUCUCUUACUUUCGCUCGCCAUUGGCCUCGGCGUCCGCUUCCUCGUCCCCAAACCCAUCGAAAUCUCGUCCCAAGCUUGGAACCUCCUCUCGAUCUUCCUCUCCACGAUCGCCGGCCUCGUCCUCAGCCCUCUCCCCGUCGGCGCCUGGGCGUUUCUCGGCCUCACCGCGGCGGUCCUCACCAAAACCCUAACUUUCGCCGCUGCGUUUGGGGCUUUUACUAAUGAGGUGAUCUGGUUGAUUGUGAUCUCGUUUUUCUUUGCGCGGGGUUUUGUGAAGACGGGGUUAGGGGAUAGAGUGGCGACUUACUUUGUGAAGUGGCUUGGGAAGAGUACGCUAGGGUUGAGUUAUGGGUUGACGAUUAGUGAGGCGAUGAUUGCGCCGGCGAUGCCGAGUACUACGGCGAGGGCUGGGGGUGUGUUCUUGCCGAUUAUUAAGAGUUUGGCGAUUGCUGGAGGGAGUUCGCCAAACGAUUCAACGUCGAGGAAGUUGGGGUCGUUUCUUGUGCUGUCGCAGUUUCAGUCAGCUGGUAACUCAAGUGCUCUUUUCCUAACUGCUGCAGCUCAAAACCUCCUGUGCCUUAAAUUAGCUGAGGAACUUGGUGUUAAGAUUGCAAGUCCAUGGGUAUCCUGGUUUAAGGCUGCAAGUUUACCUGCCAUCAUUGCACUUCUAGUCACUCCAUAUCUUCUAUACAAGAUCUUUCCACCAGAAACAAAAGAUACACCAGAUGCUCCUGCUUUGGCUGCAAAAAAGCUCGAGCAAAUGGGACCUGUGACAAGGAAUGAAUGGGUGAUGGUUGGUACCAUGCUUCUUGCAGUUUCCUUGUGGGUCUUUGGGUAAGUAUUUUGUGAUAGUCAGAGUACUCUAGACAUAUGGCUAAUAUGUCUGCAUAUUCCAGUUUGGUUGUCUAAACGUAUCGGCAAGAAAAAGGUGAAAUUUUUCACAGCUCGAUGACUGAUGCUAACAUUAAUAUCUGUUGAUCAUCAUAUUGUUCUCAAAUUAAUUUUAUGACUUUUAGGAUAUACGUCCUUGACGAUGAUCUCAAUUUGAUCAUAGUCCCCUGAAGCUUGAUCCAGAUAAAAGUAUGCCACCAUUGGUUCCACCUAGUAUCUUUCAUUUUCUGGUCACUCAUCUGCAAGGCUCAAACAAAUGAGACUUCUAGAAAAUGGUCACCAUAUUGCGGGGACUUGCUUCAGAUCACAAGUUCGUUGAACUAAUAUGGAAACUGAUCCAAUUGAGCUAAAUAAUAAGAGACAUGUAUCAUAAAAAUCUGUUAAAUUACACUUUUUAUGGUUAAAUUAUUGUUGAAAGUUGAAGUACUAAUUAUCUUCACUCUUGUGUGAGGAUUGAGAACUGGAAAAACCAUCAACACACUUUCUUAAACUAGUUCGUAAGGUUUUAAGCUUGGGGACAAAUAUAAAUCAUGCUACUCCACUCUG